GUAGAGGCUUGCUAAGCGCACACAUCCUUUGCACAUCCUGCGCGCUGUGCCAUGGGCCGACAUGGCUGAGCGAAUCGUACAGCUGAAGGAAGAGGGCAACGGAGAAUUCAAAGCGAAGAAUACCAGGCGCGCCUUGGAGCUCUACUCCGAGGCCAUCGCCCUCUUCGAGUCGCCCGGCGGGGAGGUCGACCGCGGUGCCCAACACCGGCUACGGGCGGAAGUGCUGGGGAACCGCUGCCGGUGCUUCAUGUUGCUGGGAAGGUACGGGGAGGCCUUGGAGGAUGCCAAGCAGGCGACGUGUGUGGAUGCCAGCUACACCAAGGGCUUCUAUCGCUUGGCGUUGUGUCAAAAGGACCCCUCGGACGGCUGCCUAGGUGGGUAGGGUGCAAGUGGGUGGUGGCUCAUGACCUGGAAGUGGCUCACAACAAAAGGUGCAGUGGACUUGGGACGAUUCUGGACUAAAAGGUGCAGUUGGCCGCCAUUUCGUUGACCUUGUCCAUGUGAUUGGUGACUGAUUUUGACUGAUUGGUGUUUUUCCAAAGGAGCUAUUGCAGCUAGGGGUACGAGGGGUUCCUUUGUGAUAGGGUCCAUGAUCUACAGAAAAACCUGGGGGAGGCUGAGAGCCUGGCGCCUGGCUGCCUAGGAGCUCUCCGACCUGGCCGGUGCUUGGGAAAGUGCCACCAAGGCGGCGGCCUUGGAUCCCGAGAGUGCGGAGAUCCGCGCCCUGCAAGAGACCAUCCACCAGCUGGAAGGUGGCGGCUGAAGAAGAGCAAUCCCAACGAGCAAGCUGAGGAGCAACCAUGUUGAUGUUUUAUGAUGUUUUGUCAGCUGCCCAUUGGAGGACAUUCUUACUGUAUGUGGAUUUGCAGGAUGCCGUCGUCGUCAUUUCCUCACUGGAAGCUACUGGAUACACACAGUCACACAGAGCAUGAUGAUGGAGCUGGAAACCGUCACUUUGCAGAACACCAAUGCGGCAAGAACUUUGAUACACCACCACCGCCGCUGGGUUCUUGAGUGAUGGUCCCUUGAACGACUUGGAUCCUGUAGCUGCCAAGAUAGGCUUCAGUUUCUUUGCAAGGCGGCAAGGCGUUUCGUGAAAAACUAAUGGCAAGGACUGAUAUCUCAAGCGCGAGAGAGGCUGGAAAAAGGC